CAGGGGCUCUGCCUCCACCGCGGCGCGAUGUCGAGCGCAGUGACAGCUCUGUGAGUCCGAGGCCGCGGCCGUGGCGCUGGGCGACGGCGGGACCGGGCCGGGUCCGCUCAUGGUGCCGCCACGACGCCAUCGCGGGGCAGGAAGGCCAGGUGUGCUGAGUUCUUCACCUCCUUUUAGACUGAGAUCCAGGUUUUCAGGCAUUGCUUUCGAAGAUCUCCGAAAGGGCCUUACAACAAGCAGACUACAAAUGGUGUGUGUGUUUAUCAUGAACCGCAUGAACUCCCCGAACAGUGGCUUCACUCAGCGCAGGCGGAUGGCUCUGGGGAUUGUUAUUCUCCUGCUUGUUGAUGUGAUAUGGGUGGCCUCUUCUGAACUCACUUCGUAUGUUUUUACUCAGUACAACAAACCAUUCUUCAGUACCUUUGCAAAAACAUCUAUGUUUGUCCUGUACCUUCUGGGCUUUAUUAUUUGGAAGCCAUGGAGACAGCAGUGUACAAGAGGAUUUAGAGGCAAGCAUGCUGCAUUUUUUGCAGAUGCUGAAGGUUAUUUUGCUGCUUGCACAACAGAUACAACUAUAAACAGUUCUUUGAGUGAACCUCUGUAUGUUCCUGUGAAAUUUCAUGAUCUUCCAAGUGAAAAACCUGAGAGUACAAGCAUUGAUACUGAAAAAACUCCCAAAAAGUCUCGUGUAAGGUUCAGUAAUAUCAUGGAGAUCCGACAGCUUCCAUCAAGCCAUGCAUUAGAAGCGAAGUUGUCGCGCAUGUCAUAUCCUACUGUGAAAGAACAAGAAUCUAUAUUAAAAACUGUGGGGAAACUGACUGCAACUCAAGUAGCAAAAAUUAGCUUUUUUUUUUGCUUUGUGUGGUUUUUGGCAAAUUUGUCUUAUCAAGAAGCACUUUCAGACACACAAGUUGCUAUAGUUAAUAUUUUGUCUUCAACUUCUGGACUGUUUACCUUAAUUCUUGCUGCAGUGUUUCCUAGUAACAGCGGUGAUAGAUUUACCCUUUCAAAAUUAUUAGCUGUAAUUUUAAGCAUUGGAGGUGUUGUGCUGGUAAACCUAUCAGGGUCUGAAAAAUCUGCUGGAAGAGAUACAAUAGGUUCUAUUUGGUCUCUUGUUGGAGCCAUGCUCUAUGCUGUCUAUAUUGUUAUGAUUAAGAGAAAAGUAGACAGAGAAGACAAGUUGGAUAUUCCAAUGUUCUUUGGUUUUGUAGGUUUAUUUAAUCUGCUGCUCUUGUGGCCUGGUUUCUUUUUACUUCAUUACACCGGAUUUGAGGACUUUGAGUUUCCAAAUAAAGUAGUAUUGAUGUGCAUUAUUAUUAAUGGCCUUAUUGGAACAGUUCUCUCAGAGUUCCUGUGGUUGUGGGGCUGCUUUCUUACCUCAUCAUUGAUAGGCACACUUGCACUAAGCCUUACAAUACCUCUGUCCAUUAUAGCUGACAUGUGUAUGCAAAAGGUGCAGUUUUCUUGGUUAUUUUUUGCAGGCGCUAUCCCAGUAUUUUUUUCAUUUUUUAUUGUAACUCUCCUAUGCCAUUAUAAUAAUUGGGAUCCCGUGAUGGUAGGAAUCAGAAGAAUUUUUGCUUUUAUAUGCAGAAAACAUCGAAUUCAGAGAGUUCCAGAAGACAGUGAACAGUGUGAGAGCCUCAUUCCUAUGCAUGGUGUUUCACAGGAGGAUGGAGCUAGUUAGCUGUUGCCUAGAGCCCAGCUUGAUCAUGGAACGUUAUACGGCGAAGAGACAAUCUCUGGCAAGUUUUUGUAGAAAAGUGUUUCAGUGCCUAGUCUGAAAAAUAACAGUUUCAGUUCUUUGAAACUCUAAAAUAUAUUUUCCUCAUAUCUGUUUUCUUCAUUUUCAUAAUGAAGUACUUUGCUAUGUAGCUGUAUACAUAUCAAAACAAUGGUAGGAAGUUCUAGUCCAUAGUCCAUCUACAGGACCAACCUGCCUUACACGUCCCAAGAAAUUCAGCUGGUGAAAUCAAUUAAACUAAUCAAGGAAUAAAAUCCUAAUGUUAUUUUCAUGUUUAUUAGAUGCUGGACUGUGUUAUGGAAAUAUUUUCAAGUAAUCAUUUAUGUAGAUCAGUGUUUCUGACAGGAAAAAUGUUAAGAUAAGCUGGCUGCAAUAGGUACGGAUUAUAUUUUUUGGUAUUGUAAAAUAUUGCAAAUUAACUACACAGGAAAAAUUGUCUAAUUUAUGCAACAAGUAUGUUCAUGCAAAUUUGAUGGAAAUUUAAAGAGAAUAAAUAUUUGAGAACAGAUCUGGUUCACUUACACUACAUAUACUGUAUUAUCUUUUAAUAGUAUUAGGUGCCUUGUAUUUUAAAUCUGUGACAAACCAUGACAAAUUUUUAAUGGGAAGUAUUAUUGUCAAAUGAAGAAUUACAUAUUUCUAAAGGUUGUAUUGUUGUAAAUUUAAUUGAUAAAGCUCUGUUUAAUUUAGAGUUUUGAAGAAAUAUUCUCUCUUCAAUUAAGACAUUUUCAUAAUGGAAUGAUUUAAAUUGAAGUGAUAAAAGAGUAUUAUUAAAAUAAAAUGUUUAUAUAUGUA